AUGAGAUACAGUCACCCGGAUCCAGGUCACCCGGAUCCAGGUCACCCGGAUCCAGGUCACCCGGAUCCAGGUCACCCGGACCUAGGUCACCCGGAUCCAGGUCACCCGGAUCCAGGUCACCCGGAUCCAGGUCACCCGAACCCAGGUCACCCGAACCUAGGUCACCCGGAUCCAGGUCACCCGGAUCCAGGUCACCCGGAUCCAGGUCACCCGGAUCCAGGUCACCCGGAUCCAGGUCACCCGGACCUAGGUCAUCCGGAUCCAGGUCACCCGGAUCCAGGUCACCCGGAUCCAGGUCACCCGGACCCAGGUCACCCGGACCCAGGACCCAGGAACUAG